GAGCGCCGCCGGGGCAUCUCGCUGUGUUGCUUGCUGCAAGAUGAUUGGGGUCCUGCUCCUGCUCCUCCUUCUCCCCCUUCUCCUGUUCAUCGCUGCACCCCAAAUCAGGAAAAUGCUAUCCAACGGGGUGUGUACAUCGACUGCCCAGCUUCCAGGGAAGGUGGCAGUGGUUACUGGUGCCAACACAGGCAUUGGGAAGGAGACAGCCAAAGAGCUGGCUCAAAGAGGAGCACGUGUCUAUAUAGCUUGCCGGGAUGUGCAAAAGGGGGAAUUGGUGGCAAGAGAGAUUCAGACCAUGACAGGGAACCAACAAGUAUUCGUGCGGAAACUGGACUUGGCUGAUACUAAAUCUAUUCGAGCCUUUGCUGAGGGCUUCUUAGCAGAGGAAAAGCAUCUCCACAUUUUGAUCAACAACGCAGGAGUGAUGAUGUGUCCCUACUCCAAGACAGCAGAUGGCUUUGAGAUGCAUAUAGGAGUCAACCACUUGGUUUUUCUUACAGGUCACUUCCUCCUGACCCAUCUGUUGCUAGGGAAGCUGAAGGAAUCAGCCCCAUCAAGGGUAGUGAAUGUGUCUUCCUUAGCACAUCUCCUGGGAAGGAUCCAUUUCCAUAAUCUUCAGGGCGAGAAAUUCUACAGUGCAGGUCUGGCCUACUGUCAUAGCAAGUUAGCCAACAUCCUCUUCACCAAGGAGCUGGCCCGGAGGCUGGAAGGCUCUGGCGUUUCAGUGUAUUCUGUACACCCUGGCACAGUCCACUCGGAACUGGUUCGGCACUCAUUCUUCAUGAGAUGUAUGUGGCGGCUUUUCUCCUUCUUCAUCAAGACCCCUGAGCAGGGAGCCCAGACCAGCCUGCACUGUGCCUUGGCAGAAGGUCUUGAGAUCCUAAGUGGGAAUCAUUUCAGUGACUGCCGUGUGACGUGGGUCUCUGCCCAGGCUCGGAAUAUGACAAUAGCAAGGCGGCUAUGGGACGUCAGCUGUGACCUGCUGGGCAUCCCUAUGGAUUGACAGGUGGUGGCAGCUGGACCCGAGAAGUGUGCAGCAGACUACUCAGUGCUCCCUGCCAAAAUCAUCCUCCUUCGGGGUGGCCAGAACCUGGAGCACAAAGGGAGCACACCUUCCAGCCGUGGCAGCUUUCUGAGAAAAGCCCAGGGCGCACUGCCCGAGUCAUCGAAACGCCUUGCAUUUGUCCACAUUGACUUUGCUCCCGUUCUUGCCAGUUACUAGAGAUAUCAUAGGACAAGUACCCCCUCAGGACCUGCAAGCUCAUAUUUUCCUUCUGAGACGUACUACCUAGGAGAACCUAAGCGAUGGCAGGGUUGAUUUGUGGCAGUUUGGACUCGUUUCUACCCUCUCUGUUCACAGUGUAUUGUCUCCCAAUCAAACAACCUUCACUUUGAGAGGGCCACGCUACAGCCGGAGCUGAACUCCAGGAGUCACAGUGGCUUACUUGGCGCAAGAGCAGGGCUUGUCCCUCACCUCUUAAGAAGACCAUCAUAGUGCCAACAUCUGGAUUCUUUCAGAAAAUGUAACUGAAUCUGGAUUGUGGCAUGGCUGUAUCUCUGACAACCUAAAGCCACUGCUCAGACACGUUCCCAUGCCUAAACCAUGGAAAAGCUUCCUUUUCUAAGAAGUUUGGGGGUUUGGGAAGAUGGCAGAAAUAUGGGGGAAGGCAGAAAUAAAAAUGAAGUUUAAACUCUCA